AUAGUAAUACUGUGGUCAAGUAUGCAGUGCAAGAAUCUGCACUACUUUGCAGUGCUUUCAAUAUUAUCCAAGUCACCUUUGCUGUGUGAGUAACCAUAACAAUGGUGUUCGAUGCCAAGAAACCUCACGUGGUGAUUCUUCCCAGUCCCGGGAUCGGUCACAUGACACCCAUGCUAGAGCUUGCAAAGCGCCUCGUCCUCCACCACUCCUGUCACGUGACCUUCCUCCGCAUCACCACCCAAACAUCCGCUGCUCACACCCGCCUUCUCCACCACCUUCCUCCUGGCCUAGACGUCGUCGACCUCCCCCCUGCCGACAUCUCCGCCCUCAUCUCCGAUAAGACCAAGUAUUUGCACAACCUGUGCAUCACCAUCCGUGAAAGCUUGCUCUGCCUAAAACCCACACUCGUUAAAAUGGAGGAAAAGCCCCACGCUCUCAUCACCGAUCUCUUCUGCACACAAGCCCUCGAAACCUGCAGGGACCUCUCCAUCCCUUUCUACGUUUUCUCCACCAUUUCUGGUCUCCAACUCGCCUUCUCCUUCCUCUGCCUUGACCUCAACCCCGACGAGGUUGACGCUCCUGGUGUUCAGUUUAUACAUCUUCCCGGCUGCGCGCCACUCAGGAAAGAGGAUCUGCCCUUCAAGAGCUUUAGCGAAAUGGAUCAAUGGUACGUUUACCACCUCCGCCGCGUAACCAUGGCGGAUGGGAUUCUCAUGAACACGUCUGAAGAUCUCGAACCGGUUCCGGUUCGAGCCAUCCGGGAGCAUCCUUUCUACAAACAAAUUCCUGCACCGUUGAUUUUCCCGGUUGGACCAUUGGUCAAAGAUUCUGAACCGGUCAACGAAAAGGAAGAAGAGUGCUUGGCCUGGCUUAACAAGCAAGCUUCAGGGUCUGUUUUGUUUGUGGCGCUGGGAAGUGCGGGGAAUCUAUGCGCGGAGCAACUCACUGAGUUGGCAUGGGGUUUGGAACUGAGUCAACAACGAUUCAUUUGGGUGGCGCGUCCUCCAGCCGGCGUGAGUGGAAUUAGCAGUUAUUUCAAAGUUGGAGGAGCUGAGAACGACCCGGAAGCGUAUCUACCGGAAGGGUUUGUGCAGAGGACAAGGGAGUUGGGGAUGGUGGUGGCGUCGUGGGCACCACAGUUGUCUGUGCUAAAGCACGAGUCGACCGGGGCGUUUCUGAGUCAUUGUGGGUGGAACUCGGUGUUGGAGAGCGUGAGUCAUGGUGUGCCCUUGAUAACGUGGCCGCUUUGUGCUGAUCAGAUGAUGAGUGCGACCUUUCUGGUGGAGGGUUUGGGUGUGGCUAUUAAACCGGUGGUAGAGGCGGGGAGGAAGGUGAUCGGAAGAAAGGAGAUAGAGAGGGUGGUGAGGGAAGUGAUGGUGGGUGAAGAGGGGAAGAAGAUGAGAGAGAGGGCAAGAGAAUUGAAAGAAAGUGCGUUGAAAACGGUUCAGUGCGGUGGAAAAAGUUAUGAGGCUCUUGCUAACGUGGUAGGUCAUGUCCGUAUGAUUAAUUAGCUUAUGGUUGAAGAAAAUUGUGUGAAUCAAUGUCUUUGAUAGGAGUGUAUUGAGAAUCAUGGGAAAAAUUUGAUCCGAAAUAAGAAUUAAUAAAUUGUAUGGAUUCAUUUGAGUUUUAAAAA